AUGCGCGGAGUAGGGGGCCUCCCUAACGCACGCUUCCGCCCAAAAAACAAAAAACCUAACGCCCGCAGGCUGCACGCACGCCGCCGCCCGGUGCUCUGCUGUUCGCCGCCGGCGCCGUCCCCCGUUUCCGGCCUUCCCCCGCCCGGUGGCCGUGCUGCACUGCUUCUGCGUUUGGUCCGUGCGCCCCUGCUGGCCCCGGCCAGCCGGCCUUCCCCCGCGGCGGCGACGAGAAGAGCAGCCGACGAGGCGGCGACGGACUCUUCCGCUGCGCCCCGGGGCCGUGCUUCUGCCGCCGCCGGCUGUGUGUGGCCUGCCGCUGACUACUGCCGCCGCGGCGCCCUUACUCCCGCUGGUACAUCAUAUUGUUAUACAUUUCGCUCCACUACUGGACGUGAAGGAUGUUCGUUUUGAGCCAGAUUGAGCACAACCUGCCGAUGCCUCCGCACUUGCUGAAUCGCCCUCUUGUCGACGCCAUCAAGGCCGAGCUUGAGAGGCUCUUGCUGGAUAAGGUGAUUGCAAAUCUCGGGCUCUGCGUGUCCGUCUAUGACAUCCUUUCCGUCGAAGGUGGAUUCAUCUUUCCAGGAGAGGGCUGCUCGACGUAUAAAGUUUCCUUUCGGUUAUUGAUGUUCAGGCCCUUUAUUGGGGAGGUUCUUGUUGGGAAGAUCAGUGGAUAUGAUGAGAAGGGUUUACAAGUUUCACUUGAUUUUUUCAGCGAUAUAUGCAUUCCGGGACACUUGAUGCAAUUUGGCACAGUGAGGGGGGAGGACGGUAGGUGGGCGUUGAAGACUGAAGAUGGUGAUGAGCUUCAUCUUGACAUUGAUGAUGAGAUACGAUUCUUGGUGUCUAGCAUAAAGUACCCACCUAUACCAGUUGAGCAAAAGGAGGAUGACAAGCCAUUUGCUCCGAUGCAGAUCAAUGGAAGUAUCAAAGGAGAUGGUCUUGGCCUUCUUGCAUGGUGGGCGGCAGGUGAAGAGGAGGGCGAGGAAGAGGAAGAUGGCGAGGGAGAGGAAGAGGGCGAGGAAGAGCAAUAGCAGCAGGCCAUUGAUAGGCGCUGGUCCGCCGGCCGAAAUUUCGGCCGGUCGCACCGCGCACAUACGAUUUGACUAUUUUAUCCCGUCGGAUUGAAGUGGUGAGAUAAAAAGCUGUCCGGGCCGUUCCUUUCUUUGCUCAUGUACGCACGUCGCGUCGCUUGUCCCACGUGCAUCAGCGCCAUGUCGUGCAUUCUGCAUGUUGUUACGUGUGUGGAGCCACCCUAAUGAUGCUACACUUCUCACUGCUAUCUACA